GCAGUCAACGUCGGGACCGGCACCCCAAAAGAUCACCCCACGCAGUUAAACCCAUGUUCGCCAAUCCACCUCUUUCUGACUGGCGCCCCCUCAAGAGACGUCGUACUUUUCAUUCGUUUGAAUAGCCUCAACCGAUCGCACGAACGUUUUUACGAGGCAAAGCUCGCUUGUACGAGAACGGACGACUUAUUAAGCGUAUCGUAUUUACGGAAAAAGUGUGUGCAAUGUGGGUAUGUGCGACUAUGUGUGCGUGCGUGCGUGCGUGCGCGUCGCCGGCACGUUGACACCUUCGUCUCUUCGACGUUCCCCGGGACGAAGAAACCCACGAGGAAGGGUGAGCCGCGUCGUAAUUUUCAUCCGGGUCGACGACCUCGAAUCCAAGGACGUUCCUUUCGAUAAACCUGCGACGUGCAUCGCGCAUUAUUGCCUGCAGAACGAGUGCCGAAGUUAUUAUCGUCCUACAUGAAGAAAGAGACUUUAAAAAAAGGUGAUCUCUCGACGCAGCGUGCAAUAAACAUUUUUAUUGGAAAAGAAAAAACUUACAAGCGAACUUUUCUAAGAGAAAAGAAAAAGUGAAGGAGCAAAAAGAUACAUUUUGAUAAAAUGACAACGGAUGGAGUUGCCAUCGAAUAAACAAUUUUAUUUGUUCUUGUAAUACAGAGCACAACGCUUUUCUUGAUAAAAUGGAAACUAAUUAAGUGAAAGAGAAGAUACCGAGGAGCAAACGAAUGUCGCGUAGAAAUUGUCUGCGGGCUGCGGAUUUGCAAGAUGAAGUGCAUUGCAAGUUCCAUCGAGAAAACACGCGAAAAUAAUUUUGACCGUGAUCGCUCGGAGAAUCACGCCAGAUGGAAGUUCUAAGACAGUGGCAGCCGGCGGAAUUGCAAGAACGUCAAUUUCUUCUAUUCUUCUACGGAUCUCUAGCGCGCUUCUGAAGAAUGGACGAGGCUGGAUUCCGUGAACGACAGGUGUGGGAGGAACACCGGAAUCAUCAGAAUGCAGGAUUCCAGGUGCACAGGAUAGAAUGAAUCGUCGGGAAGACCCGCUGUUACGGCAGCAUCGAAAUCGUUUGCUGCAAUUGGCCGAAGCGACGAAUAUCAAGCCUGGUCGUGGCAGCGGGAAAAGACGGGGACAAAGACAGUCACAUGGAUUCGGACCCAGUAAUGGCGGACCCAGCCGCGUGACGCUCCAAGAUAUCGUCAGGAGCGAUCCUGGAUACACGCCGAACAUCGAGCACUUAGUGUUUCCGGAGCGUAAGAGCAGCAAUCCGAAUUUAGCAGGCGCCACCGAUGGCUCGCCGCCAAAUAAAUCGAAGUCUAAUGCGACAAGCUCGGCAAGAUCCAGGCUCGCCGAGGUCUUCUCUUCUCGACAUUACGUAAGAGGAUCUUCGCAGGACUCCUCUGUUACGUCCAGAAAGAAUCACGUUAAUAGUACGUCGCUGGACAGUGGAAACGUGGUAGGUCAUCAGCCCGGGCCUGGCGGACCCACGGUAGUGACGCGAAGCACCGGACGCCGUUGGCUGUCGCAGAACUCGCAGUCCUCGAGACAACAUUCGGUCGAGGAUGGGAUACGUGGGGGUAACGUGGGCGUUGGAGGGCCCGUUUCGACCUCGUCCUCGAGUCAGACCCCCGGUCAAACUGUACCUCCCGCUCUGCCACCACGAAGAGUCAAUCCGGCUACAGAUACAAGCGAGAUCGCCAAUCCUAUCUCGCGUAUCGACAGGGGCCCGAACGUGUCGAUCCUCCAUCUUCGCAACGCGUCGGCGGACCCUUGGGAAGUCGGCUCUCAAGGCUCCUCGUACAGCGUCGGCAGCAACAAGAGUCAGACAGCAGGUAGCAGAGGCAAAUCCGGCGGGAACACACGAGGAUCUUACAGUCGCGGUAGCUCGAUACCAUCCUUGAAACGUCACGAUACAUCCACGUCGACCACGUCGACGUCAAGUCUUAAGCAGCAUCGACAAGACAGUCAUGGUCAGGUAUCCUCCAGUGCUCGUCGACGUGAGGCUACGAAUUCUUUCCUCUCGGGUAAUAGUGGCACUUCCGGCGAGCUGUUCAUCAGUGGCGACUGCAGCCGCGAGCUGUCACCUGUCCGAUGGUGCGAUCGCGAGGUCGAUGGCGUUUAUCUCGGCCGUUCUGGCUGGGUGCAAGUGCAACAACGGUCUCUCGACGAGAAUCGUCGUGCAAACUACGAGAGCAACCUGGUAACCGCUACUACUGGCACUCUACCGUUGUCACGACGCGCGGCCGUCAAGCUAGCGGAUUAUCACUGCAACAGUGAGCCGGGCAAGUGCCCGCAGGAUUUUGCCAGAGGAUUAGAUUCGCAAAGGCCAGACUUCCUCGCACUGCAUAGCCAGGAUUUCGAUUCCAUCACGACCAGCGCCUGCACGUCGCCGCACAGCAUCCCAGAAUCGUUCUCGCCGCCAUCGAUCACACCGAUUAUAUCGCCACCGCCGGCUUUCCAAGAUGCCGUCACCGGCAGAAAAUCAUCUUCCUCCAGGCACUCCUCCGGCGGGCGUAACAAUUACGGCAGUAAGGCGCCCUUUUUGCCGCGAUCGAACGCCAUCGUCGAUAGCGACAUCAUCAGUCCGCCUCCGACCCCGCCGCCUCAUCAAGUGAACUGGAGUUCCCUACCGUCCGGAUCUAGGAAAAAUCUCGGUUCGGCAGCUUCCAGAUCGAAGAGACAGAAUUCCAGCCAGCAGCAACAGCAGCAGCAGCAACAACAGUAUCGUAUGGCGCAGGCCAAAUCUUUGGAGGAUCAAUCAUCCUCCAGAAGAUCACAGUUUGCGCAGAGAUAUCUCGAGUCAUCCAGUUCAUCGUCGUCGUCGAUGGGAUUCAGGAGUCUCGACAGCUGUGUCACCAAGUCCAUUAUGCCCAGCUUAGCAGAGAAUACAGAUUCUUCAGUUGAAGGAUACGAGGAUGGUGACGAAGACGAAAACCCCAGUUCAUCCUUAAAUCUCAGUUUAGUGUCGUCAUCAGCUCUUGCAUUGAAUUCAUCCACGGAGUCAAUUCGUGCCAACGGCGAACGAAUUUCGCCCAACAGACAAGGGAGAAUCCAUAGAAGUCAACAGGGACUGAGAAGAUCGCCAGGAUCCUCCGAGUCAGGGAAACAGAUGUUCAGUUCAUCCUCGUCAUCAUCUUCCUCCUCAUCCACCAGUGAGGAACGACAAGGACGAUCACCUACACCUAAUCCUUUCAGACGUAAUAAUGCUUCACGGCAGCUUCAGAGCGCCAGGACCAAUCAGAUGUCACCCGAUUCUCAUCAAUCCCGGGUCAGAAGAUCCAGAAGUCUCCAAUUGCCCGAGAAAAGGUCGCCGGGAACGACUGGACCGCAGAGGGAUCACUCUCGAGAAUCAAACGAGGCUCACAGAGUUGUCGUGAAGAUCGUGAAUGAUCGAGGAAACGAGAGGCCCAAACGCCACGUUCUUCAGAAUAGAAAGGCUCAGUCUACCGAUGACACCAUAAACGAAAAUCUUCUUCGCGAAACGGAAGUAGUAACCGAAUAUCUGUAUGGCACGAGAAGUCGAGUCGUGCCAAGAAGCAGUUUGUCAAGUCGCUACGAACGUCGCGAUGAAAAUCAAGAGCAACGGCGAGGCACUCCCAAUACCUACGAUGUCUACAUCAUAUCUUCCAAGCAGCAGCAACAACAACAUCAAUCGUCGAAAGUGUUCAACUCUUCGCAGCCGCAGCAGCAGUCACAGCAGUCGCAACAGCAGCAACAACAAUCCCGGCGACCGCGAACGCUACAGAGAGGCGCGACGACGCCAAAUACGAGCGCACCGUCUGUCAAUCAAGAUUUCUGCAUCAGUUCGGACACAAAGCUACGUUGCAAUAGCAGCACGUGUGACUUCUGGCCUCACUGCUCCCAAAGAGAAACUCUGUAUUCGCCAAAUCAGGCACCACCCCCGGUCUUCAUGAAGCUAUCGCAGAGUUAUCCGGCGCAUCAAAGACUUUCCACCGACACCGGCAGCCACCGUGGUAGCGCUAGCUCGUCACCGGCUUCCCUGGAACGGAUGGAUGAUCGAGAGCUGCGCGAAAGAGAUAAUUUAAGAAAAAGAAACAAUCAGCAGGGUAACUCCAAGUAUCAAGAGAGAUCCAAGGGCGUGCUCAAGCAGACUAACAGAUGGUCACCACUGGAGGGAAUUAAUGGCAAUGGUUCCGGAGUGGAGAAGAGGGAUCAAAUGCAUCACCGAGUGUAUCGGAAACCCGAUUUUCCGGGAUCUUUCGAAGGCACCGACAAUAAGGACAGGAGGGUAUCGCCCAUCCAAGGAAUGAACGUUGCCACCAAAUCGCCGAGCGGUGGUCCUAUCGCCUCCUCGUCGACGAAUACAUCGUCGUCUUCGAGCAGCGAUAUCUGGAUCACCACGUCGGAUCGCACGGUGACAAAGAGCCCGCGGAAUGCGAAGAGCUCCGGCGCAUCUACGCCGAUGGAGGAUGCCGUGAUCGGUUCGCUAAAGACGCUGAUAGAGCCGCCGAAGGACGGUACGCUAUCCAGGCCCGGAAGCGCGCCGACUCGGGGCGAGGAUUCGCUCACGGAUGACAUCAUCCUAGACCCUCAUCAACGAUCCUUGUCGCUGCCAAAGUCCUUCCUAGCGCACAAUACGGCGGACAGCAGCAAUAAGUCAGGAUCUUGGCAUCGCGGGCAGGUUUCCCAGCGAUCCAGCCCCAGCCCCAGCAGACUCCAUCGCGUGCAGGAAGCGGCCACAUCUCACACAGCUCCAGUUUCUCCUUUGCACGACUACAGAACGAGUGGCCACGCCGGAAGAGAGAGGAGGCGAAUUCCCGGUCUCAGCAAAGCUCAACGGCGGAUCAAAGCGUCCAGCACCCCGGCGCUUUUAGAUAGGAACCAUGAUAGCCGACAGUGGUCCGGCGACGAAGAGGAUGAUGCGACGAGAAGAAGCCACGUGACGACCGAGCAUCCCUUGACUGAAGCGACGAUUCCUCUGGUCAGCCAUUCCAGGCUGCAGGAGCCGUCUUCCGUCCUGAAUGUUGCCAAUGUGCCCACCGGCGGAAGUCAAAAUACUGCGCAUCGCGCGCAGAGCCAGCAAGAGAGCGUGUUGCAGAAAUUCCGAAAGAGCUUCUCAUUGAGGUUCCACAAGAAGGGCAGUAAGGAGAGCAACGAGGAAUGUCCCGCGGAGGACAAUGAUGGCUCGGGGCCCUUGGACGAGGAGGAGGGCACGGAGACUCCUCCCGUAACCUCCUCCGAGCAAAGCAACCAGCACAAAGACGACUCUAGCAAUGACCAGAAAUUCCGGUUCGGCCCACUCGUCUGGAGGAGUAGCAAAGAAAGGAAAAAAGGCAACAAGGCCGCUCGAAAUGCAAAGUGUAACAGUGGAGACAGCGGUAUACAAAUCGAGAUGGUAUCUGGUGGAGCGUUGACUGGUGGCAGUGGCGGUGGAAUAAUGGAGGGUGGUGACAGCUCCGAGUCGCACGAUACGGACGAUGUUCCCGACGACACCGACAGCCCUCCGGCCCUUCGCAGGCGAGUCGCCGAUAAAUCGCGGCCCCAGUCCGAGCUCAUCAACCAGAUACUGAUUGACAAGUUCAAGGCGGAUCUGCAGAGUCGUGCAUCGCGACACAAUCAUGUGCGACGUACGAACAGUGACUUAGGAGGCCAAAGGCUGCUCCAAUGGGACACCAGGUCGGGAUACGUUCACAAUUAUCGUCGGAUGCUGUCGACUCCGUCGCCGAUCAAGACGAGGCCACCCAGGCUCAGCCCGAGGCAUUCCUCCCAUGAUAUCGUUACGCUUAGAAGUAACGCGAAAGGGAGGAGUUCUCGGACAAAUCUGAGACGUUCGCUUAGUCAGCCACUGGGAAUCAAUCAGCUUUCGCCUCUAAUGCGCACCAAAACUGCAGGCGUGAGAUUACCCGGUGGCAACGUAUUAUCCGAGGACGAGCAGGAUGGAAGAGCCGGCACAUCUGACGACGAGAUGAUGUCCGACUCCGAAUCCUCAAUCGCUUCCUUGACAGAUAAGAAGAAAUCAUUCGAGCAGACGAUGGAUGAAGAGAUUGUCAUCUUGGCCGAGGCUGUUUGGGACCAUGUGGCGAUGGAGCCGGAGGAGUUAGCUUUUCGUGCCGGGGAUGUUAUCGACGUCCUUGACACAUUGGACAAAGAUUGGUGGUGGGGCAGUUGCAGAGGGGAGCAUGGGUGGUUUCCGGCCGCUUUUGUCAGGCUGCGAGUGAGCCAAGAGGAUACAGUGGAAGAUUGUUUGGCCGCGAUAGCUUCAGGGGGAUCCUCGGGCACUCAGCUGAGAAGACGAACGAGCGUUUCCUUGCUCUCGAAUGAACAAGUGAGAACCAGCGUAGUCCGCGAGCUCGUCCAAACCGAGCGCGAUUUCGUCAAGAUCCUGCGCGAUGUAGCCGAAGGCUAUAUCGCGGAAUGUCGCAGGCGCACGGACAUGUUUACCGAAGAGCAGAUUGAAACGAUUUUCAUCAACCUCGAGGAGCUGUUGGACUUUCAAUCUGAAUUCCUGAAGGAUCUUGAAGCUUGUAUCGACUGGAACGCGCCGCACAAAAGCUGCGUCGGCGAAUGCUUCCUCAAUCAUAGAGCGGGCUUUCGCAUGUAUUCCGAAUACUGCAACAGUCAUCCAAUGGCCACAGCGACGCUACAGGAGCUCUACCAGCACAAUCGUUACAGCAAAUUCUUCGAAGCUUGUCGUCUAAUGCGGGGCCUCAUAGAGAUUCCCUUGGACGGAUAUCUAUUGACGCCAGUCCAACGAAUAUGCAAGUACCCCCUUCAAUUGGCGGAGCUACUGAAGUAUACGAAAACCGAUCAUCCAGAUUAUCACAAGAUUCAGGAGGCCUUGGAAGCAAUGAGAGGCGUUGCGGUACUGAUCAACGAGAGAAAAAGGCGGAUGGAGAGUUUGGAGAAGUUGGCCGCGUGGCAAAUGCGCGUAGAAGGUUGGGAGGGCGAAGAUCUCAUAGAAGUUUCGUCGCAACUGAUUUAUCAAGGUGAGGCGAUGAGAGUGAAGACCGGCAUGUGGACGAACAAUAUCACGCUAUUCCUCUUUGAUCAUCAACUGGUCUAUUGCAAGAAAGACAUUCUUAAGCGCAAUACUUAUGUCUACAAAGGUCGCAUCUAUCUUGACACUAGCGAGGUCAUCGACGUACCCGAUGGGAAGGAUCUUCAAUCGGGGGUAACAGUAAGGCACUGUUUGAAAAUAUAUAGUUGCGUCCGGGACAAGUGGUUGCUUUUUUGUUGCCGCACAGCGGAAGAGAAACGACGGUGGCUGUCGGCGAUGGCCGAGGAACGAAGAUUGGUAGCUCAGGACAGAAACGACGGAUUAGAGUUUCCAGCAGCGGCCAGACAGCUUGCCAGGCUAGCUGCUAACAGGCAGCAAAAUAGACCACCGAUCAAACCUCGUAAUAAAACAUACAAGAGGGAAUCAACGUACGAGAUGCCGACUAUGAUCACACAAGGUACUACCAACUCGCUAGGAAGGAAAGUCGGUACUUGGUUUACGUUUGGUAGCAGCAAAAAAAGCACGCGGCUUCAACCGUCCUGAGACAGGCCUACCUUCGUACCGUAUAUUGACCUAUAAAUCUGCAAUUAACGGCGCUGUAUCGUCCUGUCAGAAUUUUGGUGUGAGAUAUCUCUCAAUAUUGAUUGCUUAGAAAUCUCUUUGAAUAAUCGUUUAAAAAGAUCAUUAUUAUCAAUUGAUAUUUUGUCAAUUAAUACUGUUCAUUUCACGAUAGAUUGAAUCAUACUAUUUUUCAUGAGUCGAUGAACGAUCUACUUUGAUCGCUAGAGUUUCGUAGCAUCAAGGACAAACAGCGUCUCGUCAAAUGUACGGCACGGAGGUAUUUAGAUAACUCAAAAGUGAAAAUUUUAUCCUACAAAAUACACUUUUCUCUUAAAGUAGGAAAAACAAUCGCCAUCGAUUCCAUACUUAUAGCCUGUAAAGAACGGUGCAGCGAUUCAAAAACACGAAAAACUUCAACGAUCUUUCAUUCACUGCCUCUCUCAUGAAAGCAGGUGCUUCUCUACCAAACAGAUAGUGUCAUUGUCCAAAUUAAAUACUUGCAGGUGCAUAUACGAUAAAUGAAUAAAAAUCGCUCAUUAUGUCUAUAAUCUGAAUCAGGAAUGUCUUUCGUGACGCUUUGAAUCAGUAGUUCUUUAACUGCUUCAGAUCUGAAAUCAAUGUUCGAUCAUCUUUGUUAUGAUUUUGUUUUCAUUAUUGACUUCGUGACGUUGUCAAUGUGCAGUUCAAGAACUACUACUACUAUUUAGAAAGAUGUUUCCGAGAUGAAAAAAAAAACGUUGUUACAAACUGAGAGGGAGCUGUAUAAUCGAUUUUGUAGAUGCUUGACAUUAGAAACUAUCAUUAAUAAUAGAGAACAUGCGGAUAGAUUAGAGAGCUAGAAAAGUAAAUAGUGAGUGUAUAAAGUCAAUAGCGGGCUUUUAAGGUACUAAAGAGAAAGUACUAGUCACUCUUCACAACGCGGAUUGAUGAUGAACCGUAAUAGAUAUGUAUUGUUACACGCGCAAUCGCUUUUUGAAUCGAGCAGCUAUGGAUGGUAUGUAUCAAACGGCUGUAUUUUUUAUUAUAAUCGAAAGACUGACGACCGAAAUGCUUCCUCGGGAGGAAACCGGUUGUAACCUUGAGAGAGAAAUGCGACGGGAUCGAUUAAGAAAUUUUUAAGUUUAAUUCUCGUCACGUGAAUUUUGUUAAUUAAAUCAUUUGAUUAUUUCGAGAGUGUUGUCGAUGAAUUUUAUGUAAAAAAGAUGCAGUGAGAAAACUCAUUGUUUGUAAUAUGAUAUGCAAUUCUGCGCAAGUGUUAGCAAGUUUAAUCAGGAAAUCCGUGUUGAUUAGUUUCGUAAUAAAUUUUGAUCGGCCGAUUCCGCACACCACUUUUCUCUCAACGAAAAUGUAGAUAUAUUUCUUAGAAGAAAUCUCCAGCGAGCUAUACAAGGUAACUUACUGCCUAACUAAUGUUCGUUAUUUCGCAUUAUAAUUAAUAAUACUCAUAAUAGUUUGUAUGGAAUUGCGAUCGGCGGGGAUAAAUAGAAGAGAGACAGCAUGAAACAAGAGCAAAGAAAAGAAAAAAAAUUUUGUUUCCGCGAAACACAGCAACAGUAUUAUACAGAAUACAGAAAAUGUGAUUAGAUUCAAAAAAUAUGUAAAUACUCGCAUAUCAUUCAUAUUCGACUGCGAUAUGAAGCGACAAGCUUCUAAAAAAGCAAGAAAAAGAGGGGGAAAAAGAUGAUCGAGAGAAGAUCAAGUUUUUCUACUCUUGUACAGAAAAGAGAAUCAGUUAGCCCAAUAGAAGAAUCUAUGUUAUAAUGAUAUGCAUAUAUCUAUGCAGUCCUUUGGCAAAAUGUUCGAUCUAUCUACAAUUUCAACAAUUUAAUCACGGAUCCUGAAAGUUUCUAACACUGCCAAUAAGUUUAAAGAAAUACGUCUUCGUUCGUUAGAAUUAUUUGACCUGAUCUUUAAUAAAAUAAGAUCGGUCACUCCAGAUUUUUUCUAUCUGAAGAGACGAAAGCUCGAUAUUUUGUCCUUUUGACGUUUGUAUGCGGAUGUAUGGCACAAUUCUGAGCGAGAGGAGAUAUUUAUUGUUUUGUAUAACACGCAGAAAGAUAUAUUUUUACUUAUUUCGAGACAGCGCGUAAUUUACUAUAUACGACGAGGACAAUAUAAUGAUAAAAUGAAUGGAUCAAGAUUCCUACUGUACAGAGAGAUCAUUAGCCUGUUGAUGUUUAGAUUUAGGAGAGACGCAAUUUGUUGCUGGACCCAACUCAUUUCAGAGUUAUUUUUAUAGGAAAAACUACUCAUUGGUUCUUGAAUGUGAUUUUUCUUAUAAGUAUUGCUGUUAUACACAUGGACUGCUUUAAUAAUGGCCAAUGUAAGUAUAAGGAACAGAUGUAACUCAUUAUAGGAAGGAUAAGAUAGCGAGGAUAUCCCGAACAACAUGAAAGUCUACGAAAGAUAUUUCUUGGAUGUUCAAGAAACGUCUUUUGUAUGAUUUUGCAGGCAUCUUUCAGUGAUGUUUGUGUUGUCUUCGGGUGCGAAAUCGAGUAAUGCACGAUUAAGCACAACUUUCCACAUUCAUGAGAAGUAUAUUUGCGAUUUUACGAUAAACAAGUAAUCGAAAUACAUGAAAGU